AUGAGCGGUCCAGCCCUCGGUCCUCCAGCCACGGUCUCGGGCGCCAGCUCCACGGCUGCCGCUGUCACUAUGGCCCAUUACAAAGCCGCAGACUCGAAGCGCGAGCAGUUCCGGAGGUAUUUGGAGAAGUCCGGGGUGCUGGACACGCUGACCAAGGUGUUGGUAGCCUUAUAUGAAGAACCAGAGAAACCUAACAGUGCUUUGGAUUUUUUAAAGCAUCACUUAGGAGCUGCUACCCCAGAAAAUCCAGAAAUAGAACUGCUUCGCCUAGAAUUGGCAGAAAUGAAAGAGAAAUACGAAGCUAUUGUAGAAGAAAAUAAAAAACUGAAAACUAAGCUUGCUCAGUAUGAACCACCUCAGGAGGAGAAGCGUGCCGAAUAGAAUUCUGCUCCAUUGAAACGACACUGAAAAAUGGUUUUGUAUGAUUUGAAUAGUUUGUAUAGUGUAUAAUCUUUUCUGAACAGAUGCUAUAGAACUCUUUUUUAAUAUGUUAAAAACUCACCUAUUACACUUUAACUGUUCAAACACAUAGAAUCACCAAUAAAAGCUCAAUAUAACUUUCUUUGGGUCUUAAAAGCAAGAAGAAUCCAAAGUGCAUCCUAAAAAAAAAAAAAGACAUCUAAACCGCCAUUUAAUUCAUGACCUUAAAGACAUUUUGCUUAUCAGUUCAAUGAAGAAUGGUGGUUCUGGUUGUAUUUUAGGAUGGAGCUGUUUCUCAGAUUAGUUUGGGAUACAAGCACAGGUAUAAUCAUUCUUGGAAAAGAAGUGACCCUGUGUUUCUAUUCUCUAGGCAGCUGGACAGAUGUGUGACAUAAGAUGCUUUUACAGGAGUUUCUAGGAACCGUCUGCUCCUUUAUGUUAACACAGAACAACUCUCUUCUUUUCCACCACUUGCCUUAGACAACUGUGUGUGUGCCAGUUUGAACUCUGACACCACUCUUUUCCUUCUAUGCAAUCAUGCCCUACCUGAUAAUGUCGUCUUGUUAUUACUCAUGCAUCAGUGGAUUCUAAUUGCACAUCGGCCUUUUGUUGUUACUUUUCAAUUUGCUAUAAUUGUAGCUAUCCUGAUUGUAAUUUAUGUAACUUUAAACAGGAUCAUACUGUUCCCAGCCUUAUUUAGUUGCUUAGUUGAGCACAGAACAGAGGCAAUAUAAGACUCUGGACUCAUGCACAGACUGGAAUGAGAAGGGGAAUGAGCCAUCUAUCAUGGCACUAUUGUUUGUGGGUAAAAUAAAAUAGUGAUUUUUCCCUCCCUCAAAGUAUUUUUCUAGCCUUUAAUUCAUUUUAUUUUCAUAAUUCUCGUGAAUUAGGUAGGGCAAAUGUAAAGGGAGAUUGGGUGCUGAAUUUUUAGGCCAAAGACUGAUUAAUACAAUUUUUUUUUUUACUAACUGUAGAACCUUGGGCAUACCAGUCAACUGCUCUGAGAUUCAUGUCCUCAACUGUUAAAAUGAGAAAGUACUAUCUGUGCUGCCUACCUCACAGGGUUGUUGUGAGGUUACAUGAAAAUGUAUGUGAAAGAUUUGUAAAUGGUAAAGCACUAUAUUCUUGUUUGUUA